GAACAGAUCAUCAAAAAGUUUGGUAAGCUGGCCGAUAAUGAUGAUAUAGUAAAGCUAUGUCAAAGUAUUAUUCAACUAUUCAAUUUUGAUGUUGAACAGUUAUUUAUUAAUUGGGAAUCCGAAUUUCAUAAAUCUACUGCUAAUAUUCCACUUAAUUCAGUCAACUUGGGGAAAUUGCAAGACUAUAUUAUAAAAAAGAUAGAAAAAAAUUCAGAAAAUAAAAAAAAAUUGCUAAAUAAUUCUGUCAAGAAAUCAAUGAUCAGAUCAAAUUUGAACAUAAACUUGAACCGAAACAGAAAUAAAAAUAAAUCACAAACAUCAAAUCAGUUUUUUAAUUCAUCUCAAAAACUUGAGCAAUCAAUUGACUCCACUUCAACUUCUGCCUAUACCUCUGGUAAAAUAAUCCAAUCUUUAAAUUCUCACAUACUUCCUUCAAGUGGAUUUGAUCACAAAUCUUUCAAUCCAGAAGUAGACUUAAAUCCAAUUAAAAUAACAGCAAACUUUAAUCAAAAAAAAUAUAACUUUAGGUCAAUGAGAAUUAAAUUGUUGGAAUCAGCAGAUUACUUGGAUGAACAAAUUGAUAUUUUCACUCGAUUGAUAUUAAAUCAUUACAAUUUCUCCAAAGAUCAGUUUGGAAAUCCAACAAUUUCUUCUCAAGAUGAAAUUAUAACCGUUGGCAGAAUAGUUUCUGAUUCCCCAAUAUCAGAUUUUGACACAAUUUUAAAUUCAAACUCUUUAAGCUUAGAAACCUCAAGAAUUUCUGGUAUUGGUAACAGAAUUUCAUUGAAUUUAUCAAAUUUAAACAGCUAUUCUUUCUUUCCUGGUCAAAUUGUAGCCUUUAAAGGAAAAAAUAUCAGUGGUCAAUCAUUUAUCGUUAACGAAGUUGUUGAAUUACCAUUACUAGGUGCUCCAGUUUCCUCCAAAGAUGAAUUAGAUGAGUAUACAAUUAAUUUAAAAAGUAAUAAACUAAAGAUAGUGGUCAUCUCCGGCCCUUAUACAACAAAUAAUAAUUUAAGUUUUGAGAAUUUGAGAAACAUAGUUGAUAGAAUUAAUAAUCAAAUAAAACCUCAUUUGGUUAUACUAUUUGGUCCAUUUAUUGAUAUAACACAUUCAAAAAUUUAUGACGGCUCAAUUUCCAAUGAUAAUUCUAAUAAUCCAAAAAUCGCUUUUAAACAAAAACCAAGAACCCUAGAUGAAGUUUUCAAGUUUAUAAUCACUCCAAUAUUAAAAGAAAUUAAUAAUAAAAUUCAGGUAGUUUUAAUUCCUUCAUUGAAAGACGCAACAUCUAAUCAUCCAUCUUAUCCGCAAACCAACUUUGACAGAAAAUUCUUGAACUUGCCAAAAAAUUUCAAAUGCUUUCCAAACCCUUCAUCAUUUCAAAUAAACGAAAUCAAUGUUGGUGUUUCAAACAACGACGUUUAUAAGGACUUUAAAGAUGUUUGUAAAGGUGAUUUAUCAAAAGAAAAUCGAUUUGAUAGAAUUUCAAACCAUCUUUUAGAACAACGCAAAUACUAUCCAUUGUUUCCAGGGGGGUUAAAAACAAAGAAAACGAUCAAAAAUCAGCCAAUUGAAAGAGAAAAUGAUAUUAAAAGUUUGCCUGCUGCUGAAAAUUCAGAACAUAUCUCUGGCUCAGAUUUAGAUUUGCCAUAUAUGGGACUAUCAGAGUUUUCAGAAGUAAUACCAGAUAUAAUAAUAAUACCAUCUGAACUAAAUUCAUUUGCAAGAGUUGUAAAAAAUGUAAUCUUUGUUAAUCCAGGCUCAUUAAUGAAAAACAAUCACACUGGAAACUAUGCAGUUUUGUCAAUUGAUCCUCCAGACCCAGAUUCCGGUGGGGUUACAAAGAUUGAAGAUGAUGGCGAUGAUGAUGAAUUGUAUAUACACAAUGUUUGGAAAAGAACCAGAGUAGAUAUAAUAAAAACGUAA